CGGUCGUCGUCGUCGCCGCUGCUGCCGCUGCUGCUGCUGCUGAGGCUGCGGGCGGAGGCCGGAGGAUCGGGCGGCGGCGGCGGCGGCGGCUGAGAGGGCGGCGGCGGGAGCGGAGCGGGACGAGGGAGCGAGAGGAAGCGAGCGAGGAGCGAGUGGCGCGCGCCCGUCCCCGUCCGCCCUUCCGACCGCCAGAGGAGCCGGAGCUGCCCGAGCCCCCAGCUGCCGUCGCCCCGCCGCCGCCGCCCGCCCGCUCGCCCGCCCGCUGGACAAAGCCAGAGAGCCCGCGCCCAGAGCCAUGUCCUCGUCCGCCGGCAGCGGCCACCAGCCCAGCCAGAGCCGCGCCAUCCCCACCCGCACCGUACCCAUCAGCGACGCCGCGCAGCUACCUCAUGACUACUGCACCACACCGGGGGGGACGCUCUUCUCCACCACGCCGGGAGGAACCCGAAUCAUUUAUGAUCGAAAGUUUCUGUUGGAUCGUCGCAAUUCUCCCAUGGCUCAGACCCCGCCCUGCCAUCUGCCCAAUAUCCCAGGAGUCACCAGCCCUGGCACCUUAAUCGAAGACUCCAAAGUAGAAGUAAACAAUUUGAACAACUUGAACAAUCACGACAGGAAGCAUGCAGUUGGGGAUGAUGCUCAGUUUGAGAUGGACAUCUGACUGCCGCCGGCAUCAGCACCGCACUGCCCGCUGUGUGCGCCGGAUGCGGCCAGGAGGCUCGGCCGCGGACACGCAGAAGAGGCAGGACCAGCAGUCACACCCACUCCCCACCUCCGCCGCUUCCUCCGGGUGCCAAAUGAUGCGAAGCUGAGCUACGUCUGACCAUUGCCUCUCCCUGUUCCCCUUCUCCCCCCCAGUUAGACACAUUAGAUUGAAGGCCCAUGGCCUAUUUUUGUAGAACUAAGCAGCCCACAAAGGUAAACAGUUGAAUUCUGGCUUCGUAGUCCUUUUGCUAUUGAGAAACAACCCUCCAAAAAAAACAUGUUUUUGUUUUUUAAUCCCAAAUCAAAUGUCAACCUACCAAAAAUUGCCUGGCUGGAAAGUCUGGGGAAGUAGCAGUUUGAUGGGUUUGGCGUUGUUCAUGUUCUUAGCCUGGGUCUCUCUUCCCUGUCUCCCGCUCAUGGUUCAGUGCUGCAGGAGUCGGGGUUCAGGGGCUUCAAAACCGUCAGAAGAACAUAAACAAGAAGAGAGCUCCUUUCCCUUUUACCUUGAGGUGUUUGUCCCUGGGGACAGCACAGUUUUUACAACUCUGGUAGCACUACCCAGUGACACUGUUUUGAGGUCCUCUUGCCCUCCAUUCUCUGGGAGGAUGUCUUCUGUCUUUGGUAUUAUAAUACAUCUUCCCAUUCCUUUACUUAGCACAUUUGUGCAAAAAUUUGUAAACUCUGCCUGAGAAGGGACUCAUCGGUAACCAGCUGUUCUUUCCUCCUUUUCUUCCAUUCCUCCUUGCUUGCAUCGUGUCGCUUGCAGUCCUCUAGUCCUCUGAGCAUCCGGGUGAUUUCACUGCUCCCAGAGCAGGUCCAUACCAGGUGAUAGAGGCGCUUGGCAUGAGGCCUGGUCAUCGUAUCCUGCAGACGAUACCUAAGAAGGACCUCGGGAGAGCACUGAGCCAUUUGAGUACCCAGUCUCAAUGGUCAUUGUUUUUCAGCCCAAUGAGCAUUGUGAUAUUUGUUGUCUCAGAUUGCAGUUUUUUUAUAUUUUGAGUUUAAGGUUGACUUUCAGAAUGCUCUUAGAAAAGCACUAACUUUUUUCCUUUGUGGGCCUGUUUUGUUCGGCUGCUGACCUAGAUAAGCAUGGGCUUAAAAAUGUGUUCCUUCUCAUUUUCUUGCCUUUCCCAUUGUACUCUGAAUUUUCCCUUUCUUUCCCUCCUUCCCUCCCUCCCUCGUUUCCUCCCUCUCGCUCUCCUUCCUUUAUCUCUGCCAGGCCAUUUUUCAAAUAUAUGUCAAGGAUACCUCAAGUGUUGGUAUCUGAUAAUAUCUGUCACUCCUCUUAUCUGAGGAGUGACCUUUUAUUUUUAAGAUGACUACAGACCUAUUUUUAGAUAUGUUUUCAGUACAAUUUUGAACAGCAACUUUUUAAUCACACAUCUUCCAGUGUUAGGAAGGUGAGAGAAAUGUCCAUAGGCGAGCCUCCUGUUCCAUGUCACCAUCCUCUGUCUCCCGUGGUCCCUUAUGAGCUCUUUCCUUCUCCCUCUAGUUUUGGGUGUGCAUGUUUGGCGUUUGUAGUGGGUGGUUUGUAAAACUGGACCAUUCUGCCUUGCCGUGGGUUGUUCAUGAAAGCCUUUUUUUCCCUUCCCCUUUGCUCUGUCAUUUCUCCUCCCCAGCUGACGAUGGACUGGCACAGUAACCCCGGAAGAGUGACUCCCCUCCUAGAAAGGCUAAUUCCUCUGCCCCUUCAUAGAAAGACAAGUAACGUAGCCACGGUGUCCUAGGAAUUUCUGGUUGGAUUUGGUGCCCUGAACCCUCUUAUUGAGACAUCACGUCCCAGGGUGAGAGUAACAGGCCAACUGGCUAAGAAAGAAAGCUGUUUGGUUUUGUUUUUUUUUUGUGGAACUAUGAGAAGACCCUGUUCGUGAAUACAUUUUAGACAGACGAGAGAAAGGAUAUCUGAGGGACUUUGUUCUGUUUUCUGCUACAAAAUGUGAAGAGUUCAAAGAGUGAAAUCUUUUGUGAUGGUUGAUGUCUCUCAGGAAUAAGCUGGACCUCCAAAGUUUUGGAGAUGCUUUCAGCCUCAAAAAUUGAUGAUCAGAAAAGUAUGUUUUAUUUGUUUGAUGUAUCCCUGUUCUGAUUUUAAUUAAACUCCAAAUUUUGGUUUACAUUCUCUUGGAAAAACUCAAGUUGCACUGUAAAAGAAGCUUGCUCAGGACCUUUUUGUCCCCUGGAAGAUUCUUUGGGAAUGAAGCUUUUCCUUCUUCAUACCCUGGCCUUAGCAUCCUGUGGAAUCUGACUCCAACUACAACCAGUGGGUCUGUCCGUGAGCAGAAGAGCGCCCCCUUCUUUAUCUUUAUUGUUGCACAUGAAAACUCAGGUUCCUCACCCAACAGUGGGGAAUGGAUUUAAAACAUGCCAACAGGAGUAGUAUCAAGGUGCCAUUUUUCCCUUUUUUUUGCCAUCUCGGGGAAUCUGGAUGUGGCCCCCUAAUCAGAAGCCGUGUUUCGAGUAUUCCUUGGGAAUGUCAGCUAUAUGAUGGAUAGAGCAGUUGCCCCAACCCUUAGCCUUCUCUGCAAGAACCUCCUUAUUGCUUAGUGCAGUUCUUCCUUGGAGGCCACUGCUACAAGAGAUACCUUGCCUUCAUAAAUCGGCAUUUUGAAGAGAAUUUCACAAGGCAACAGAUAAAUUCCAACAGAUGACACCCUUUGUGCCAUGCUUAUUAGAAUCAUUUUCAGCGCAAGCCAUAAUCCAGUAGGUGGUUUAUUUCUGGAUGUUUAGAAGGCAACUCACAGAUGAAGACCUAAAUGAAUUAUCUGUCCUGGCCUUUUCUUGGGGAGGACCUUUUCAGGUACCAUAUGAAUGAGACGGUCCAUAAGGAAACCAUGUUUCUGUACUUCUGGGGACAGUCUGUCUUAAUGGGAAAUGGCCUCUCCCUCCAAAUUCCAGCAGGAGACAUGCAUUGUCCUGGUUUUGCCUUCUUUACAGUGUGGUUCAUUGAGUUUACCACUUCCUCAUAUCCUGUUUAAAUAGAUAUCAAGAUCUCAGAGUAGGUGCUGGGCUUCCAAGCCAAGAGUUUUGUCUUUCCACCUGUAUUAUCUAUUGCUGUGUGACAAACUACCCCCAAUCUUAAAAGAGCAAACAUCAUCUGGUAGUUUCUGUGAGUUAGGAAUUUGGAAGCGUCUUAGCAUCAGGGUUCUGGCACAGGGUCUCAGGAAGUUACAGUCAAGAUGUCGGCAGAGUCUGCAGUUAUCUGGGGCUGGAGAAUCCACUUCUAAGCGCUCUCUUUGUGGCUGUUGGCAGGAUGCCUCAGUUUCUCCCCAUGGGGGUCUCUAGGGCAGCAUGUGUCUCUGCACACUGGCAGCUGGCUUCCUCCUGAGUGGUGGGGGUCAAGUGGGGGAGGAAGCUACCGUGCCUUUUAUGACAGCCUUUGAAAGCACACACGAUCACUUCUUCCUUCUGUUUUGGAGAAGCAAGCCACUAAGCCCAGCCUACACGCAAGGGGAGAAUUAUACCCCACCUACUGAAUGGAGCAGUAUCAAAAAAUUUCUAGAUAUAGCUUAAAACCACCUCACCCCUCAGGCCUCUGGGGGCGAGGAGAGAGAGGGUAAGUUUAAAUGAUAGGGUAUGAGAUUUGUUGCUACUGAAAACAAUUCUUCAGAAUAUGCGUUCUCUAGCUACCUGCUGGUUUUGAGAGGAGUGAUGAGGAAUGGCCGUUCCCAGGAGAACAUAAUUCCUAUCCAUUUGCCUGACUACCAAGGAGGCUGCUUGGCAAGUCGUAGGCUUGGUGUCUCUCAGAUUCAAUACCACCUACUUGCUGUCUCCCCUAGCCAGGAAUUGACAAAGGGAAUUGGAUCCUAGCUGAGCCACUAAAGCUGACUUCAGGGUUUUCCAGCAAAGGGAGCAAACGAGAAUUAGCUGCUGGGUUUCUGAGCUGAAGAAAAGCCAACAGGUCAAAUGAAGGGUGGACUAGAUGACAGCAUCUGGAAGCCAGAGUGCAUGCUCGGCAGCUGUUCUCCAGCCACAUCAGCUGAAACAGAUGCGGGUCUGAUCUCACCCAAGAAGCUAUUGUCGAAGUAGGGAACAUCUGGGAAGUAGAAGUAUUUGUGCUUGAUUGUUCGUUUAAGCCUAGUGUGCAGGUUCACUGCAGGCCCACCUCGUCCCUGGGCUUCCUGAUGGAAACGGGUUCUCAGGAGAACAAGUCCUGUCUUCACCCUUGAGGGAGAGGGAGGUGAGGCUGUCAGUUCAACACAUUCGCAGUGAAUGUGCUGUGUGCUUGUGGCCGCCACGCCCAACCCAGUUUUGAGAGAUUUCAGACAUCUCAAAGAUGCAGAUUCUCGUUUGGAUUUACACUCUGCCUCUUCCCAACAUUUUCUUAUCUACAGCCCUCCUUGCUUUAGAGUCGACAAGAAUAAAAAGUACUGCUUGCUGAGGUGGUGCUAA